UUCACUCUGGCCUGGUGAUAUUUGUGAACAGAGUGGCGCUCCUGUGCUAAACAUAGCCCUCAGUGUUGCACCCUUCAUCAAAACAGUGCAGACCACGGCGAUCUACAAUGGCCGGUGUUGAGUUACAUCAGAUGCUGUUGUAUCUCAUUGGGGAGGCUCACUGAACACGGGACCAUUGAUACCUCUUCUAAUGGAAAUCAUUAGAUGGUGUACCUAAUAAAGUGGCCAUGUCUGCAGGGUCUACAGAGUGUGUAUACUUUGAUGGAAAGAAAAGUGAACCAGAGUGAAGAGUUGAAUUCUUCAGUGACGCAAGAAAAAUCUGAUGAAAAAAGCCACAAUGGAGCUGCAGAUGAACCCAGAAAUGUUCUCGCAUUCUCUCCUCCUUCACUCUCCCCUCUGCUUCCUAAAGCCCUGUCGGCUGUUCUUCACGCUAGACAAACUUCUCCCGGCAUGGAACCAGAACCUUCACCUGGAAGAAGAAGUCCACCAGAACACACAUCCGCACCCAAACUGGAGCGGCUGCAGUCUGAGCUGAGAGAGCUGAGGGAGCAGUUUGAACAGAUGAAGAGUCAGCACAAUAAGGAAAUUCAACUACUGAUGAACGAGCUUGAUGAGGAGAAGAGAAUUCGUCUGACUCUGCAGAUGGAGAUACAACGUAUGAAGAAGCACAUGUCCAAAUGACAAAAUCACCCUGAUAAGGACAAUCAUUUCAUUACUUCUAUUCAUUUCAGAUUGCCAAAAACACGAUACAGCUCAAGA